AUGAAGGGCUACAUGGCUUUGGCAGUGGUCGUCAUUGCCAGUAUCGUGGGUGCCGUCCCUUUGCCCCGCGGUCCUGUUGAUGACGACGAGGCCGUGGUCUAUCCGGCCAGAGUUGAUCAGUCUUGGGUUGAUGUUGAAAUCCGGUCUCCUCCGGAUGCCGACGACGCUGUUGUUUACCCUGCUAGAGUGGAUCAAUCCUGGGUCGAUGCGAAGGUGUAG